AUGCGCGUUGAGCACACACCUCACGAUGUACAAGCAUAUUCUGAGACGGAGAUAAUGGCCGAGGAAAAGCCUGAACAUGCAGCCAACGAGUGCUACGAGGCGCUGCUCGACCUCAAGAGCAUUUUUCCGGCAUGGAGCGACGCUCAGGACAACUUCCACUACCACUGGAGAGAGAUCCUCUCCUCGACCACAAAGGGAAAUGAACAGGAGCGGGAAACACUUGAAUUUUACAAGGAAACGCUCCGUGAGAUGGUGGAAUCCAAGGGCGAUGGAAUUGCGGCGCAGAACGCCGUCGAACUGAUCAUGCGACUCGACAGCCGUAGGAAGGAACGCGACGAGACGUUCGAGCAGUACAACGUUGAGAACAUGCUGGGCAAAGAUACCAGUGCGAUAAGGCCUAAGCCUCCGGUUAAGAGACAAACGGUCCAGAGGCGGCCGGCAGCCGAGGUCACGGCGGACGUCGUGCCGGAAGGCGGCCACGUCUACGGGACGAGAACGAAAUCUAGACGCCUCCAGGCCCGAGAUGCCGAAAACGGCCAGGGCGGAAAGCUAGAAUAUAGCUCAUCAGGGUUCGGCACGCACCUCAGGAAGGGAUUCUUCUCCGACUACGUCUGGGACUUCCUGGUACCGACUGGCGAGGAAAACGAAUAUGACAACGAAAUCGACCAGGGUGUUGUAGCGGCAGCGGACGACGACGACGACGACGAAGGCCGUGCCAAGAAAACGAAACGCUCGCGCAAGUGA